CUCACAGCGACGGUGUCAAUACUACGUAGUACAAAAGUCGAGUGAGUAGCUACGAUGUCGGAGCAGAUCACGGAGCAGCAAGUGGUGGCUACGUACAAGAGUCUGCGCGCCGAGGUGCGCCAGAUGGCUGAGAAGAUCUCCGAGCUGGAGGUGGAGACCACGGAGCACGACCGCGUGAUCCAGACGCUCAACGAGCUGCCCAAGGACCGCAAGGCCUAUCGCAUGGUGGGCGGUGUGUUGGUGGAGCGUACAGUACAGGAGGUGCUGCCCGCUGUAACGGCCAACCGCGAUGGUAUUGCGCAGGUGCUGGCUCAGCUGAACGAGAACAUCAAGCAGAAGGAGAAGGCCGCGGACGAGUGGCAGCGGAAGUACAACAUCCAGGUGCAGCAGUAAGAAGGAUGGCUGCACGAUAGUCACGAGGGUUAUAGAUUCGUGACGACGUCAGACGUUAGUCCGUUGAAAGAACAAGAAGGGCUAUUUAUCCUAUCGCAGCGGUACAGUUGUUGCACGUUGCAUUGCUUUGAUAUUGGUAUUAUACAGAAUGGUCGACUGGGUCAACUUCAUAACUUAGGACUUGCCAGCCCCCUCCGUUAACGCAUGCAUGAG